GCCCCGAUGCUGGCCCGGAGGAAGCCGGUGCUGCCGGCGCUCACCAUCAACCCCGCCAUCGCCGAGGGCCCGUCCCCCACCAGCGAGGGCGCCUCCGAAGCAAACUUGGUGGACCUCCAGAAGAAGCUAGAAGAGCUAGAGCUUGACGAGCAGCAGAAGAAGCGGCUGGAAGCCUUCCUCACCCAGAAGGCCAAGGUCGGGGAGCUCAAGGACGAUGACUUCGAAAGGAUCUCGGAGCUGGGAGCCGGGAACGGCGGAGUGGUCACCAAGGUCCAGCACAGACCUUCUGGUCUCAUCAUGGCAAGAAAGCUGAUUCACCUGGAGAUCAAGCCGGCCAUCCGGAACCAGAUCAUCCGCGAGCUGCAGGUGCUGCAUGAGUGCAACUCGCCGUACAUCGUGGGCUUCUACGGGGCCUUCUACAGCGACGGGGAGAUCAGCAUCUGCAUGGAGCACAUGGACGGCGGCUCCCUGGACCAGGUGCUGAAGGAAGCCAAGAGAAUUCCGGAGGAGAUCCUGGGGAAGGUCAGCAUUGCGGUUCUGCGGGGCCUGGCGUAUCUCCGGGAGAAGCACCAGAUCAUGCACCGAGAUGUGAAGCCGUCCAACAUCCUCGUCAACUCCAGAGGCGAGAUCAAGCUGUGCGACUUCGGGGUGAGCGGGCAGCUCAUCGACUCCAUGGCCAACUCCUUCGUGGGAACUCGGUCCUACAUGUCUCCGGAGCGGUUGCAGGGCACCCACUACUCGGUGCAGUCGGACAUCUGGAGCAUGGGCCUGUCCUUGGUGGAGCUGUCCAUCGGGAGGUACCCCAUCCCCCCACCGGACGCCAAGGAGCUGGAGGCCAUCUUUGGUCGGCCCAUGGUCGACGGGGCAGAAGGAGAGCCUCAUAGCAUCUCGCCGCGGCCGAGACCCCCCGGACGCCCCAUCAGCGGUCACGGGAUGGACAGCCGGCCGGCCAUGGCCAUCUUCGAACUGCUGGACUACAUUGUGAACGAGCCUCCUCCCAAGCUGCCCAGCGGCGUCUUCACCCAGGACUUCCAGGAAUUUGUGAAUAAAUGGGUGCGGGUGGCCUCACCUGCCUCCAGCGUGCACGGGGUGGAAUGGGCCCCCAACGUCACUGGGGAGACUAGGACCUGCUGUGGGCUCGGGGCCCCGCCCGGCACGCCCUGGUCAGGAAGGCAUCUGGUCACCCGACCCGGCCCAGACCCAGGAGGCGCUGGCACUCUGCCGUCCCUGUGGAAGCGCCAGCCACUCACGGUGACUGAGAAUCACACCUUCAUCAAACGGUCCGAGGUGGAGGAAGUGGAUUUUGCCGGCUGGCUGUGUAAGACGCUGCGUCUGGACCAGCCCAGCACACCCACGCGGACCGCCGUGUGACGGUCUGGCUGGGGACCUGUCCGUGUCCUGUCCGCCAGCCCUCCCCGCCUGGGACCGGCCAGCUCCUCCCCCACCCCGCCGAGCCACUCAGAAAGGACAUGCACACGCGGAACGGUCACUUCCUCUCCCACCUGUCGCAGCCAGCGGGCUCUCUGGUCUCUGGGGACGGGUGACGCUGCUCAUGUUGGCAUCUGAGAAUCUGCUUAUUUAGGUUUAAAAAACAAAAAAAAAACAAACGGGGAAAGAAAAAGCAAACUGAGCCCAUUGUACUUCUUGUUCCAUUUGUCCUUUGGGUGUCAGCUUUCGGUCCAACCCCGGGGGGACAGUGUCCCUUGAGGGCAGCCCCAGCCCCCAGCUGACCGAGCUACAGAGAAAUUGGGGUAGGGUGGCGUCAGGAACUGGCUUCUCUCUUUUUCCAAGGAAUGAAGCUUCAGGGGGAUUCCCAGACGUUGGCAUCUGUCACCAAGAGACAGAAAUGCCACCUUGCGUUUCCGCGUGCUGUCCCCUGCCUGACACCUGCCCCCUUGGAGGGGGCCCUCAGUGGGCCCAGAGAGCAGUAAGCCCGAUGCUCGUCAUGGGGUCCACGUCACCCUGGCCGUGCUGCCUCUUGUCACACAGCCUGGGACAGCUGAUCCCAGGAGGGACCUUCUGGUCCUCUCCUGUGCCUCAGGAGCAGACGUCGUGACCCUUCUUAGUGGCAGCUGAGCUGACACUCGUCUGGGCAGAAAGGAAGUGUUGGGUUUCAAAGCCCUCGAUGUGGUUGGAACGCUCAGCAGAUCCCUUAAAUGCAGCCUGCACUCCCCCGCACCUGCACAUGUGGGCGGUGGCAGCCUCUGUCACCUCUGCUCGCCCAGCAAAUCAGAAGUGACCACCAGGGCGCGUCACUCUUCGGCCCUCAAACGGUUCAGCGGCAGCUGGUUGGAAAGGCAGGGGGGAGGUGGUCCCAGCCCCUGGUUCUGUCAGGGUGCCCAGCCAGGCCCUCUGACUCCCAAGGUCAGUCUUUCUGCCUUCAAGGCCCGAGAAGGCCCACGAGAAGGCCGCCUGUGGGCGGCAGUAGGAAGCGGGGGAGGCCAGGGCUGCUUCUGAAGGUCCCCUCCCCCGAGCCACCGAGCCACCCCCUCAACACUUCCUGGUGGCUCGACACAGGCAGAUAUUUAUCUGUGGCAGAUUGCAGGAGAAGGCUUCUCGGGGAAGGACGCGGCCUGGAGCAAGUCAGGUUGGCCCUGGGCUUCUGGAGAAGGUGCACGCAGGAGGCAGGGACUUGUGGCCCUGUGGGGACCGCUGGAUCUUUCCUUCUAAGUCUCCCGUGCUUUUCUCCUGUGGACACCAAAGAAGAGACAAGUUGGUGGCUCCUUCCACUGGAUUUCCAGGUUUCUGCUACUUCCUAGUUGACCCCCUAAGUCUCACCUGAUUAAGAAAAGAAUAAAAAAGAUAACUAAAAGUGA